AUGAUAAUCCAAAAAGCAAAGGCAACUCCUAAUAAUGAGUUUCUUCAAAUAGGUAUGUUGAUAAAAAUGAAUUCAAAAGCUUCUGCCAAUUCUGGAACUGUUAAAAUCAACCCCACUGCUGUUCCUAAAUAAUACAGAGUCCUUCUAGCUAUCACUUUAAACACUUCUAUGUGUAAUUAAUCAUUUGCUAUUCCAAAUAUUGCCCUCCCUACUUACAUCAUGUAAAAUUUAUAAUAGCAUCCACCAAAUGCUAUAAAUAAUUAUGAAAGUCCAAGCAUUAAUGAAAAUGUAAAUACCAAUUUAUUUUAGAAUUCAUACUCCCCAUCUCCCUCCCCUCCUAUCUAACAUGAUACCUCCUCCAAUAAAUAAUCCUAUGUUAGGUUAUAAAAAUAUGCUUUAUAAUAAAUUGAAUUAUUUUUAGGUUAGUUGAAACUCUUUUUCUAUUGGAAUCUCUAACGCCUGAGGAAUGUCAAAUGCAUAAUUAUUUCCAAAAAUUAAUAUUAUUGCCAAACAUAUAAUCAGUCGAUCAAUCAUCCGUUUUUAUAUAUAUUUCUAAUAUUAAAUCUUGGUAUUAUAAACAAUCAAAUUUUGAUGAUGUUUACAUUUAUAUCAUCAAGUUGUAAACUUUUGACUUCUAAAUUUAGACUCUCUAAAAAUUGA